AUGAAAGCCACAAAAUUUGUCGCGACUAAAAAGACGCCGGCGGGAAGGAAACCUGCCGCUGUCAAAGGCGCUUCUGAUUCUGCCACCGAGGAAUCACCGAUUCCAGAAACCCCUGCCGACGCCAAGCUGACAGAAAAUAACGACAUGACUCCGUCGCCAAUUAGCGGCUCUGAUUCCAAAGAACAAUCAUCGGUUGAAGGAACAAAUACACAAACGGAUGUGAGCAUGGGGACGCUGGAAACUACGAAACCUCUUCCUAUUAAAAAGAAGGUUGUGAGGAGAGUGGUGAAGGUGGUGAAGAAAACUCCUGCGAAUCCAAAAGUUCUUUCGGAGCAAACACCGAAAACUGUGGUUGCUGCAAAGUGUAAGGUUGAAGACAGCGCAAAGGAGGAGGUACUUGCUUCUGAAAUUGUUGGAGAAUCUAUAAAGAAGGAACAAGUCGCAAUGGACGUGGAAGAAUGUAAGGUUGAAGGUGUUGCUGUAUCUGUAAAGGAGGAAAGUGUGGAAGAACCUGUAGUUGACUCUAGGAAGGAGGAUGAAGCUGUUGGUGAUAUGGUUGGGGAGUUUGUGAAAAGGGAACAAACUGCGGUGGAAGUGGAUACACCUGCUAAUGAGGUUGUGAAAAUAUCUAAGAAUGAAGAACCUGACAGUGUGGGAAAGGGCGAGGAAGUUAAGGAGGAUGAGAGGAAACAUGUGGAUGAUGAAGUGGAGCCCAGAAAUGAGGCGGCGAAGAUGGAAGGAAAUAUGAAGGACGAUUUUCGAAGAGAAGAGGCUCAAACUGAGCAAGAUGAGUAUGGUGGUGAUGAUGGAUACGAGGAGUAUGGAGAUCGAGUGGACUUUGAAGAUCCUGGUGAGGAUGACUUUGAAGAUCCAGAUGAACCUGUUGAAGAAGCUGAUGCAAUGGAAGAGGAACGCAGGGAACGAACAGCUGUUGCUAAGGAGCGUAAGAUUAAGAAAGAGUAUGAGAUAUUUGUUGGUGGGUUGGAUAGGGAUGCUACCGAGGAUGAUUUGAGAAAGGUUUUUGAGAAGAUUGGUGAAGUGGUUGAAGUUCGAUUACACAAGAAUCUUUCAACGAAUAGGAAUAAGGGAUAUGCGUUUGUGAAAUUUGCAAACAAGGAGCAUGUGAGGCGUGCUUUGUCGGAAAUGAAAAACCCUGUGAUUCGUGGAAAGCGAUGUGGGACAGCACCAAGUGAGGACAAUGAUACAUUGUUCUUGGGAAAUAUAUGCAACACAUGGACAAAGGAAGCUAUAAGGCAAAAGUUGAAGGAUUAUGGCAUUGAAGGUGUUGAGAACAUCACUGUUGUCCCAGAUGCUCAACAUGAAGGGAGAAGUCGUGGUUUUGCAUUUCUUGAGUUUGCUUGUCAUGUUGAUGCAAUGCUUGCAUACAAGAGGCUUCAGAAACCUGAUGUUGUAUUUGGCCACCCAGAGAGAACUGCGAAAGUGGCAUUUGCAGAACCUAUACGCGAGCCAGACCCUGAAAUUAUGGCACAGGUGAAGACUAUAUUUCUUGAUGGCCUUCCUCCUCACUGGGAUGAAGACCGUGUUAGGGAGUGCUUGAAAGGUUAUGGGGACAUUGUGCGAAUUGUCCUGGCACGGAAUAUGUCAACUGCCAAGAGAAAGGAUUUUGGAUUUGUCGACUUUUCUUCACAUGAAGCUGCGGUUGCUUGUAUUGAGGGAAUAAAUAAUAGAGAAUUUGGCAAUGGUAACACAAAGACGAGAGUUAAAGCAAGGCUGUCAAAUCCAUUACCAAAAACUCAGGCUGUGAAGGGUGGAAUGUGUGGUGGCUUUCGAAUUGGUCAUUUUGGAAGUGGAAAUUUUUCAAGAUUUGGAAGGGGUGGUUUUGGGCGGGGUGGGCAUCACUCCAACUGGUCAAAUUUCCAACGUGGUAGGGGUUUCUAUCAACGAGGACGUGGUCAAACUAGUAGAAUGGGUCCCCGUGAGUAUGACUAUAAUGAUCGAUAUGACAUGCUUCAUGGGAGGCAAGGAGGAAGAAGAGGUCCUUUCAGAGGAGGUUAUCACACAGCUGGUAGAGGUAUGGCUGCCGGGCCAUCAAGAUCUAAUAUCAAUAGAGCUUGGCAUGAUGCCCCUGAGCGAGGACAUAGGGACCAUGUUUCUUCAAGGAGGCAACCAUUUUCUCCAGAAGAAUCCUUUGACAGACGUUAUGUUGGAAGGCACUUUGAUGACCCCUAUCUUUAUGAUGAUGGUUCACAUGGGAUGAAGCGACCAUUUUACAUGACUGACCAAGAUCCUGAUUAUAUGGAACCCAGUAGGCUCCGACCACGGUUAGAUUACGCCGAUCCCCGAUUAGACUAUGCUGAUCCGGCAGCUUCAUUUCGUGGGACACAUUAUCGUGAUACUUAUGGAGCUGGCAGUGAUCCCUACUUUCAUGAAUAUCGUGGUUCUGAUUACGGUCCGUAUCCACCUUAUUACGGUAGUGACCACUCAUAUGGAGGCAAAUGGCUUGCUGUUCAGAAACUAGUUGAAGUUGCCUUUCCUUUAUCUUUUCGAUGUCUUGUAUUUUUCCUCAUGGUUCCCUUCUUCCAAUAUCCUCUGCCUAUGAAAUUUUUGGGUGCAUCAUCCAGAGAGUUUGUGUCUAGUUUAGGGUAUGAACUGAUUGAGGACUUACAUUAUGGGUUGUUCAAAAUUGAUGACAAUAGUUUAUGGAAGUGCAAAGUUUCAAACGAAGGUUUUUCUUAUAGUGAUGGAGGUGAAGAAGUUAUUAUUGAGUAUGCUGGUUCUGGCUUUGUGGAGAUUCCUUGA